AUGGAAUCAGCUGAAAAAAAUGACGUAAUAAAGUUGAUUGACAAUUCAGAAUUAAAAAGUUUAUCACCUAUGUCCAAGUCCAAGGCUGAUUUGAAUGAUGUAAAUGUCGAUGAAAUGUGUAAUGGUAAAAAUUUGAUGGAGGUGCAAGAUGACAAUUCAACAGAAGAAGUUCAGCGUUUUCCAACCGAUCCGGCAGAUUGGUUACGUACUGCAAGUUUUAUAAAAUUUUGUGCAGUACAUGGGGUAGAUCAAAAUAAUAAUGACAAUUUUAUUCAAUCAAAAAAUCAAUAUUCUGUAGGCAAAGUGAGAUUUUGUAACAAAACUAUGUUUUUUUCAAAAUUACCAAAUGGUGAACAAAUUUCACGUGCAUGGCUUGUUUACUCCCAUAAAUUAGGAAAAGUUUUUUGUGCACCUUGUUGGUUAUUUAAAAAUGAAUCUUCUAAUUUGGCUAAUGAUGGUUUUAAUGAUUGGAAAAAUGCACAUAAGCGUCUUAAAGAACACGAAGGAUCUUUAAAUCACAAAACAUGUUUACUAAAAUUGAAAGAUUUAGGACAAGAACAAGGAAGAUUAGAUUCUAUGUUAUUGGUUCAAAUUAAGCAUGAAAAAAUGUAUUGGAGAAGUGUUUUAGAGAGAGUAGUAUCUGUAAUUAAAACAUUAGCUUCACGCGGACUUCCAUUCCGGGGACAAGAAGAGAUUUUUGGAUCGUCUAAAAAUGGAAAUUACAUGAUGCUCCUUGAAUUGUUAUCCGAAUUUGACCCUUUCUUAGCACAACAUAUUUCGAAAUAUGGUAACUCUGGUAGUGGUACUACAUCGUACUUAUCAUCGACAAUUUGUGAUGAAAUUAUUGUAUUAAUGGCCAAAAAAGUUAAGGAAGUUAUCAUAAAUGAGGUUAAAAGUCGUAAAUAUUAUUCGAUUGUCGUCGACUCUACACCAGAUAUAACACAUUCUGACCAACUUGCUUUUAUCCUUCGCUAUGUCAGUGAUAAAGGUGCACCGACAGAACGAUUUUUAGAAUUUAUACCAAAAGUUGGUCAUAAAUCUUUGGAAAUAGCUGAAACAGUCAUUAUGACAAUCGACAAUUUAAAAUUGAAUAUAUCAGACUGUCGUGGACAAUCAUAUGACACAGCUAAAAAUAUGUCAGGUUGUUAUAAUGGUCUUCAAGCUCGAAUAAAAAAUAUAAAUCCUUUGGCAUUUUAUAUCCCAUGCGCAGCUCAUUCACUGAACCUAGUAGGGUCGCAUGCAGUUGAAUGUUGUAAUGAAGCAGCUACAUUUUUUGGACUAAUGCAAAAUAUCUAUGUAUUUUUUUCGAGUAGUACACAUAGAUGGGAUCUCCUCAAUAAUAAUAUGGUAUCAAAAUCACGUACAUUAAAAGCACUUUCCAAUACGAGAUGGUCAUCGAGAGAUUCUGCAUGCCUGAGUUUAAAUGAAAAUUGGUCUGCCGUUUUAGCUACAUUAACAUAUAUAAUGGAUGAUGACACUGAAAAUAAUAUUACUAGAAAUGAAGCAAAAGGACUAAUGAAUAAAAUUAGUUCUUUAGAAACUGCAAUCAUGUCAGUUGUAUGGGGUUUUUUGCUUAGUCGAUUAAACGUUACAAGUAAUAAGUUACAAAAUGUCAAUAUUGAUUGUUUGGAUGUACUUCAGUUUUACGAUAGUUUAAUUAGAUUAAUAGAACAGACUCGCGAAAAUUUUGAUGAUUUUGAAACGGAAGCAUUGGCAAAGGCAGUUAGGAAGAAUUACAAAAUAACUACAACAAGAAAAAAGAAGCGAAAAGUUUUCCAUGACGAAUCUGAAUCUGAAGAUGUAAAUUUAUCGGCACGAGACAGUUUUAAAAUACAUACAUUUAUUCCAAUCUUAGAUAAAUUAAAAACUGAAUUAGAAACUAGGCGACAUGCAUAUGAUAUUUUCUGUAAACCAUUUACAUUUUUAACGAAAAUUAAGGAAUUGGACAAUCAAGAAAUUAGAAAAUCGGUCAAAUUACUUCAAAACAUUUAUAAAAAUGAUGUAGAAUUUAACGAUUUUAUAAAUGAAGUGUUACAUUUAAAAGCUCAUGUCGAUGUAAUCUCUAUAGGGGAAAAACACAACUUACUUAGUCUUCAAACAUUUCUAUAUGAAAAAGACUUAACAAAUAUUUACCCAAACAUAGAAAUAAUACUACGCAUUUUUACUUGCACAGCUGUCACCAAUUGCUCAGCUGAAAGAUCAUUUUCGUGUUUAAAAAGAGUAAAAAAUUACUUACGUUCUACUAUGACUCAACAAAAAGUGAACUCAUUUGCGAUUCUAAACAUUGAAAAUCAAAUAACUCGUCAGUUAUCAUUUGAUGAUAUCAUAGAUAAUUUUGCUACCGACAAAUCAAGGCGCAAAAUGAUUUAA